AAAAUACCUCCCCCAAAAGCCUCGUUGGAGAUUUCUCAGUUUCCAUUGUUUACUUCCUGCCCCGCGUGACGUCACUUCCUCUGCCAGCCGACCAUAUUAAGUGUCGUAAAACCUGCUUCUUUUCAAAGCUCUAUCCAGUCAUGUCGCGGAGGGUCUGUUGUCUGUAUUGUGUGGAGAAAUCCACAAUGUUUGCAGUACCGAAGGCAGAACCACGACGAAGUCAGUGGUUGACAUUCCUUUUUAACACUGUUCCAGCUGAUUUACCAGCCGGUACUGUUGUGUGUGCGCGGCAUUUCACGGACCUUAGCUUUAAAAACGUAACAAUGUUUAGCUUCGGACUUGCUGUAAAGCUGAUAUUGGAGGACGAUGCUGUUCCUACUUUGUUUGGACCAGCGGGAGAUUCUGGUACACAACCUAGUACAUCACAGCAGGAACACAAUACCAACUGCUCCAGUACAGUCGGAUGUCAAACAGACCGUCCACAGACUGUGUGGGAACUCAGAGGGUUGAGACACGGUCUGUGGGAACACAGACAGUGGAAUGUAAAGUGUCCGCCAUUUCUGUUGCUACACAGUUGGCCCGGGGAACACUGAAAUCGGCACACGUGAGAAGCAAAGGCAUCCAGGCCACGGUGUCUUUCAAAAGUGUUGGCACUAAAACUUCCACCUACACAGAAAUCCCCUUGACCACAGGCACAAUCCACGCACUGUGACGUAAAGUACAUUGUUUUUGAAAGCUGCCUCAGACAGCUGUUUGAAAAAUGUCCGGUGUGUAAGACAGACUGUGAUGUCCAAACAAGAAAAGUGGGGACCUAUGUGGCGUUCACACAGCGUUGUUCAAACUGCAGUUACUUCAGGAAAUGGGAGAGCCAGCCCGUCAUCGGAAGUACCCCGGUUGGCAACUUACAAUUAUCCGCUGCUACAUACUUCACUGGGGGUUCCUUCUUCCAACUACGAAAGAUAUGCAGCUGGAGAUCAUCGGGUAUGGGACCUUCAGGAGGCAUGCUAAGAGUUACCUGGAGCCUGCUAUUAUCCACAAGUGGAACACUGAUCAGCAGCAGAAUUUCGAUAAUCUACAACAACAGGGGGGAAAGGUCGCAGGAGAUAUGAGAGCAGACUCUCCAAGCCACUCGGCUAAGUUCGGGAGCUACACACUCAUGAACCUGGGAAGCAACACCAUUCUGGACUUCCAGCUUGUUCAGAGCAAUGAAGUAGGUGGUAGUUACCACAUGGAAAAGGAGGGACUCAAAAGAUGCCUAGAUCAUCUGGAGUCAAAGGAUUUGGCGGUUGAGUACAUUGUGACUGACCGUCAUCCGCAGAUCCAGAAGUACCUGAGGGAACGCAACAUCGAACAAUUCUAUGAUGUGUGGCACUUUGAAAAAGGUUUGUCCAAGAAACUUCUGAAACUUACACAGAACAAGGACUGUGACACGAAGUUGAAGAGGUGGCUGCGCAGCAUAAAAAACCAUGUCUACUGGAGUGCGACGAGCACAGCCUCGGGGCCGGAGAAGGUGGCAAGGUGGACGUCACUGAUCAACCACCUACAAAACGUUCACGUGCAUGAUGACCCCCUGUUCCCCAAGUGCACACAUCCUGUAGGAGCCGCAAGCGAUGCAAAUAAACCUUACCUAAAAGGUGGCUCAAUAACACUCGCCAGAGUUGAAACGAUACUCACCAACAAGAGAGUUCUCAAAGAUGUGCUAAAGCUAAGCCAUCACUACCAGACCUCAUCCCUGGAGUCCUUCCACAACUUAAUUCUGCGUUUUACCCCAAAAAAUGUGGUUUUCCCCUUCAUUGAAAUGUUGUGCACUGUAUACUUUAUUCUGUAGCAUCUUAUAACACAGUCACUGUUUAGUGGCAUGAGGGUUUUAUUCUGUCAUAACACAAAGUCUCAUUUUAUUUUGUUAUUCUAUAGGUUGUGUCUAGCAGCAAUGCAUCACAACGAGAAUGCUGGGCGUGACCAAGCGACAACUGCUGCAGGAAAACUUGUCUUCAAAUUGGCUUAUCCAAAAUCAAAGAGGGGAGAGUGUACGGUCAAGUCUGUUAAGAACGACCCUACAUACAUCUAUGUGGAUGAGCUGACGAGGCUUGUGUUUCACAAAGUCUUUCUGGACCCUACACCCUUUGUGGACGAGCUGAAACGAAUCCACGUCCCAGAGGACCUGUCAACUCAAUUUGACAGGCCCCCCAAGGAGGAAAUGAUUGUCAGCCGUUUCUCCCGUUUCCCCCCAAAGGAGGUCGAAAUCCUACAUAUUGUCCAGCCAGAUCUGGAAACUCCUGGCGGAUCCGGAGCACAACACACGACGGAAUCACCACUCUGAUGCCUCGCCCUAAAUAUCCCCAGCACCAGCUUACAAAGCUGCGAUACGCAAGAUAUCGAAAACGCCUAUCGGGAGAGGAAUGGAUGAUGUACAUUACAUUCAAAUAUAAAUAUACAUUCACACAUUUUGUACAUUUGUAAAAAUAAAGUUUGAUGGAAAUACUUA